AGCGACAUUAUAGAUGGACCGUUGCCAUCGAUGACAUCAACGUAAUCUCCAAAAGUUACUCAGAAGAGGAGCGUUAGAGGGUGGGCCAACGAUGACUCCGGAGCAAGUACGGGCCAUGAGUGCGAAAGCCGAUGAGGAACGUCGUCGCAUGAAGAAUAACAUAUUACAACAAUCACAGGCAGCCGUACCUCAAACUCACGCACCACUUUCUCAACUUCAAACAACGGCAGCUGCUCAGAAAGUCGCGGACGAUUGCACGAUUGCCCCAGAGAAGAUCUACCGCAAUCAUGCCGAGGCUCCAAUCAGGAAAUUGACGUGUGAUCUAAUCAAAACCUACAAAAAUAUCAAUGAGUCGUUUUACCUUCGCAAAGCUCUUCGACGACAAGAACACCAAGCUAAUGUGCAGGCAACUCAUAACAAUUCCUUGUCUACUGCGAUUGGAGCUAAUCAGUUGCAUAAUGCUUCAACUGCAACACAUACCCAAGGCACCGCUCCCAGCAUUCCAGGAAAUCUAGAAGUGCAGCACACAUCAGCUCCAAAGGGGCUGCCUCAUUUUGACACAAAUGCUCCGCCUGCUUCUCAGAUGGUGGUUCCUGCUGUACCAGAGAGUGAGGCGAACAGGAAUCGACAGAAAUCGAGCAGAGGAGGUCCGCACAAUGGUGGUUACGAUGACGAAAAUUACGAUUACAUUCUGAAAGAUGGAGAGUGUUUCAAUACCAGAUAUAUCAUUCUUACGGAGAAACCUAUAGGAAAAGGGUCUUUUGGACAGGUCACACGAGCAUAUGACACAGUUGCAAAAGAAGAUGUGGCAAUAAAAAUUAUAAAGAACAAAAAGACCUUUUUUGAUCAAGCGCAAAUCGAGAUUAAGUUACUAGAGAUGAUGAGAGCUCACGACACUGAACGGAAAUACAACGUUGUUUUACUCAAAGGACACUUUGUUCAUAGGAAUCACCUUUGCCUUGUCUUUGAACUUCUUUCGUACAAUCUAUACGAUCUUUUGAGAAAUACCAAUUUUCGUGGUGUUUCGCUCAACCUCACUAGGAAAUUUGCGCAGCAGCUGACGAAGACGCUUCUGUUCCUUUCAUCUCCCGAGCUGUCCAUCAUCCACUGUGAUCUCAAACCAGAAAACGUCCUUCUUUGCAAUCCUAAACGUUCGAAGAUCAAUAUUAUUGAUUUUGGAUCCUCUUGCCAGAUUGGUCACCGUAUAUACCAAUAUAUUCAAUCAAGGUUCUAUCGUUCCCCGGAAGUGUUGUUAGGAAUUGCCUAUGAUACUAAGAUUGACAUGUGGUCAUUAGGAUGUAUAUUGGUUGAAAUGCAUACCGGCGAACCCCUGUUUGCUGGCUCCUCAGAAGUUGAUCAAAUGAUGAAAAUUGUUGAAGUACUUGGUAUGCCUCCAAAGGAGCUAUUGGACAUUGGUCCAAAGACUCACAAGUACUUCGAGAAGACAGAAGACGGUGUCUACUACUGUAAGAAGACCCGCGAUAACUUCAACAAAUGUUAUCGUGGUCCCGGACAUAGGAAACUCCAUGAUAUACUUGGUGUCACAUCUGGUGGUCCGAACGGUCGACGUGCCGGCGAAGCAGGGCAUUCUGUUGAAGAGUACAGUAAAUUCAAGGACCUGAUUAAACGAAUGCUAACAUAUGACCCCAAACUGCGUAUCUCACCGUAUUAUGCAGUUCGUCAUCCAUUUCUCAGGCCGAAGACAACAUCGCAAACUGGACAGUCUCCCGCAGCGGUCGAUAGUCCAACACAUCAAACAGCGUCGAGGACUGGUCAGGACGUAUGGGGUAGUCAGAUGGAUUGCAGUGAAGAUAUCACACAGUCCACAUUUGCAGCUCCCUCAACAGCGGCACCUCUACCGCAGCCACCAACAACUAGUCAAAGAAAACCGGCAGUAGACGACACACCACAGUUUGGCGGUCAUUAUUCGCAUUCCACAGGAGAUGUCUACCGCCAACCUUCAGUUGGGUCCACAGCCGCAUCGAAACCCAAGCUUCGAUGAGACUCCUGGUCGACCGUACAACAAUAAAGUGCAAACGCUUCUAUCCCAAGCGGCAGUACCUACGCAUGUCAACAGCUCGCAAUAUAAUCCUGUUCUAUACAACUGAUAAGUUGUCGAUUUCUGAAGCUUUAGCAAUCAUCAUGGUGCUAGUCGAUGCUGCCCACCCUUCUUCUUCCCACUAGCAUAGGUUGAUAUAAAAUAGGCUACGGUUGUGCAACUUCAAGUUGGGAUAAACGGAAGUACGGAGAUCCGUACCAUUUUGGAAGGUUAUGUCAAGUUUCUAGGAGAAAACAACUCACAGCGAGUAUGUAGCACUUUUAGUUCUUCAUAUGUGAAACAAGAUCUUACGCUUUGUUAUUUACUGAUUCAAGCGUUGUUGAGAUCCCCUUGGCAACAUCGUCUUUCUGCCUCUUGAAUCAUAUUCAUUUUUCUAUUGUAUUAUCAAACUGGUUCAUUCAGUGAUUGGAAUUGAAAGCACUCACUAUUGGCUGCGUAUGUUGUUUAUAUUUUUAUAUUUUAUAUUUGGGUACGACAUUGUCCACGUUUUUAUUUCAUUGAGAUAUCUCGGAAUCGUUAUCUUUCCAAUUGCAGUGAUAUCAAACAAGCAUAAUCAAAUCCAUGGUCAUCUAUCGCGAACGGCGAGAUAAUCCUCACAUGAUAAUGAUUAUGAGGGGCUAAAAUCACGGUCUUUCUCUUUAUU